CCCUGCCCCAUACCUGGGUACACAGACACCCAGGUGCCCAGGUUCCGUGGGCAUGUGGGUACUGUACCUAGACACCUAGGUACUAAGUACCUAGGUACCUAGGUAGGCAUGUAGGAACCCAGACGUGCUUACACCACCUCCCCACGACCUUCCGCCACCAAGUGCCUCGACGUGCAUACUGUUGGGCUGUUGCCACCAUCUCCUAGUUCUUCUGUCAGACAAGAGACCUCAUCAAGAUCCUCCAUCGUGACCUCGAGAGCCGCGAGACCUCCCAGACACAGGCUCCUCCUCUUAGCAUGUUGUGCCGUUCUCGGACAUGAUCAUGGCCUCCCGGGGGUCGCGAUUGUACUUGUUGCCACUGUCCCACGCCCGUCGAAAAGCCCCCUCACCAGGCUCUGGAUAUCGGGCCUAUUCUGUCUCCACGCCGUUCCGCUCGGCGAGGCGGCCGCAAAACUUCAACUCGGGCUUCACCAGUUCCUAUGACCCCACCGAACCUGUUCCCGACCGCGGGCCCAUGUUCGCGAACCCGACAUUUGGGGUCCCACAAUUCUACCCCCGCGAUCUCAAGACCCGCGUCGACGAGUAUGUCGUUGGCCAAGAAAGGGCCAAAAAGACCAUAUGCUCCGCCAUCUUCAAUCACUAUCAGAACCUGAGGAGGCGGAGGCACGACCUGGACCAGGACAAUAGACUGCGAGAGAAGCUGCAGCGCCAAAACCGCACGCGAGAGAGGGACCGUCUCGAGCCGUAUCGUGACCCUCACCCAGUCGAAGACGAGUUCCCUGGUCAUUAUGAGUCCAUACACAAGAGCCAUCAAGUCGCGGAUGUCGACGCUGCUGCCAAAGCCGCCGCCGAGUUCUACAUUCCCGAAGAUCCCAGUAUUCCUCACCAUACCAGGAUAGACAAGAGCAAUCUGCUGCUGAUAGGACCUACUGGUGUCGGGAAGACUUACAUCCUCGAGACCCUGAGCAAGAAGCUCAAUGUCCCCUUCACGAUAUGCGACUGCAACUCUUUCACGCAAGCUGGCUACAUUGGCCAAGAUGUCGAGAGCUGUAUCGAGAGACUCCUGAUCGAAUCGGGCUAUGACACGAGAGCGACCGAGAAUGGAAUUGUAGUGCUGGACGAGUUCGACAAAAUCGCGCGAAGAGAAACAUCGAAUGGCCGCGACGUCGGUGGAGAGGGUGUCCAACAAGCCCUCCUCAAGCUUGUGGAAGGGACAAAAGUCACAAUAAACGUCAAGGACAACAAGUCCCCGCGAUCUGCAGCCCCAAUAACGAGCAACUACGGAUCUGGCAGUUCGGGCUUGGCCCCCCCUAGCCCCCCUCCCUCAGGCAGGACGGACCAGUUCACCAUCGACACGAGGAAUAUUCUCUUCGUAUUUUGCGGUGCUUUUGUUGGCCUGGAAAAGCACAUAUUGGCGAGAGUGGCGAAACCGUCACUUGGAUUCGGGGCUGAAAUUGGUGAAGGCCGGUCAUCAAAAAAAGGCAACAAAACGGUUCUGCCGCGGGAGAUGUAUUCUCAUCUGCCGCACCAGCCUCUAGCAACGGCAGUGGAUGAGUCCGGAAGCACACCCUUCACACCAAUGGACCUAACCACGCCCGACGACCUGCAGGCUUUUGGUUUCAUCCCGGAACUCAUUGGUCGACUGCAUAAUAUUAUCGCAUUGUCACCAUUGUCACGAGAUGAACUCUUCCGGAUCUUGACAAUCCCCCGUAAUGGACUUGUCGCACAGUAUAGAGCCCUAUUCGAAACUUAUCCUUCCAAACUAUAUUUCACUACGCGUGCCCUCCUAACGAUUGCCGAGCGAGCCCUCGAGAAUGGCACUGGCGCCAGAGGGUUGAAGAUGGAAAUGGAGAGGGUACUUGCUGAGCCGAUGUACGAGGCCCCCGUGCAACACGUGCUCAUCACGGAGGCUUGCGUAAAAGGACGGGAGAAGGCUGGUUACUGGGGGAGAGACGGGUGGCUGGAAGUCGAGAGGCGCAUAAGGGCAGAGGAUGAGCCCCACGAAGUAGACGAGGCUGCCGUAUCAACAUUCGAGCAGUACCGAGAGGCAGGGCAAAGCGGCGAGUAACGCAUGGCAUAAACGUUUUCACAAGGGACGAGUUCUGUUCGGAUAUCCGCUCUGCCGUCACGGCAUUGCUCCGGCAACCUUGUACAUGACGCUCUGCUGUGGGCACCAUCAGAUGGGAGUUUCUCUUAUAGGAUUCCCUUUCGUGGGAUACCCUCAUACAGGACUGAUCUGGAAUAAUGUACCAUAGAGGAACCCUUGGGAUAUGGACAAGUGGAAUCACGGACUGGCUUACCGGCAUGUUCAACAAUUGCGUGAGUUGCCAAAUCUGUGACGGAAGGAUAAUAUGCGGCCUCGACAAAGGGCGGUAAAUGCCAGACUCCGCAACCCCUGUGCGUUUAGAAACGCUGCAUCGCUCGCUAGCUUGUAUCUUUCGACAAGCGAACAUUCGGCACCAUCGAUUUGGGCCACGAAUCAGGCGAGCUGGGUUGACCCGGAGCUCUGACGAGCAAUGGGGCCCGACAAGAGGCCAGCUGGAGACAAGGGCGCAGCACCAGUGUUGUUUAAGGAUCUUUGGGAUUCU